AUGCGCGUUGUGGCUCUGGACAAGGAUUCCUUCAAGGAUUACGAAAAAUACCAGGCACUACCAGGGACGUUUUUACUGUAUUUAGCCGGUUCGGACGUUGUUUGCCCGUACGGAUCCGUAAUUCGAUUUUCUCAAAGGGAGGAGCAAGCACGGGGCAAUCAGUUAGCCACUCCUAUUAUUGCAAUUAGAGGGUGCACGAGGGAGAAACGAGGGAAAAAAGGUCGCCAGGGAUUCCGCGGAGGCCAGAACGCGUCCGCGAGGCCGCAGCUGGACACCGUGGGAGCGCGGCGGCGAGGUAUCGGGAUCUAG